AUGAACACCACCCAUGAUAUCCGCAUGCAUGAUGCCCACGCUCUCCCGCACGAGCCAACAAAGUCGCCCGCCGUUCCUCUUCGCAAUCCCAUCCACCCCUCCGUGAUUGACAAGCUCGACCCUGCCUUUGUGAAACUCUACAACGAUUACAUCGCGAACGACCCUCCCUCAUCCACCGACUUGACGGUGGUGCGCCAGAACUAUUCAGCCUUAUAUUCCUAUGCGGCGGCACCGCCAUCCGGAGUAGGAGGCAUUGGGGAAACACAAGUGCCCGGUUGGAACAAAUAUCCGGGGGACAUCAAUGUGCGGGUCUAUGUACCACCAGGUGAAGAGCCCGGCCAACGCAAAGUGUGGCCCGUCCAUUUCAAUUUCCACGGCGGAGGCUGGGCCGUAGGUGACCUCGAGACCGAUGCGCACGUCUGCCACCACAUCUGCGCCUCUGUCCCUUGCUGCGUAAUUGAUGUUGAAUAUCGACUGAUCCCCGAGUAUCCCUUUCCCAUCGGGAUUAUGGACAGUCUCACAGCCGUCGCACACAUCUUGGCCAAUCACAAAACAUUCUCCAUCGACUCGACAAACAUGACCUUCGGCGGUGAAUCUUCUGGCGCCACUAUCGCUCUCAUCCUCAAUCAUUUGUUCCGCGACGGAGGUUUCGGCGACAAACUCAAGGGUGUCAUUGUUGCGACACCCACCAUCAGCGACGUGAGGAAGUAUGCAACACCCGACAUGAGCCCUUGGCCGAGCAUGAGAGAAUCCGAGUUUGCCCCUCUCCUCAACUGGGAGAAAUUGAAAUGGUUCGACACAUUCAAAUGGAUGUCUUUGUCCAGCCAGCACCCGGGAACAAGGCCGAAGGAACAGAAGCGAGACAUCUCCUGGUUCGCCGAUGCGAUGAAUGCUCCGGAUUUCAAGAACCUGGCCCCCUUUACAUAUGUGGCCACGGCAGAGGUCGAUCCCCUGAGAGACGAGGCUGAAGCAUAUGCAAAGAAAGUUGAGGAGGCGGGCAACAAGAUCGUCCUGAAGAGGUUCAAUGGCAUGCCGCAUCACUUCAUGCACAUGGAUAGAGCGCUACCUCAAGCCCGAGAAUAUGUCCAAGAUGUCAUAUCCCACGUUCGGCAGUGUCUCUAUCCACCUUCCGAGCCGCCUGCCAUGACGACGCCACCGGAAACUUGA